AUGUUCAAAUUAAGUAUUGUGGAGUUUGUUCCAAACAGCAGCAACCACUCCACCACCUCUUCUACCGUCAAGAAGAAGAAGAAGAAGAAAACGGGUGAAAUGGUAAUGAAAACAAAGAUGACUGAACAAAUUAGACUCAAAGACAAUCCCUUCAAUGGAUCUUGUGAUGUGUCUGAUUAUCUUCUCAAUUCAAAGAUUGAUGCCAUGAUGCCAGUUCAUGAACAACCACAACAACCAUUACGUUCCAUGGGAAUGCAUUCAAAGGUUGCAACCAACAACCAUGAUGGCUUGCAUGUUUCAGAGCAGACGACCAACAAUAAGACCUUUCACUCUUCUGAACAAGUGAGUUUAUGCUGUUGUGCCUCCUCCUCAUGUCAUAAAAUAACAAAACCACACAAGACGUUGUUGAAACGUGGAAAGUCGACACUCACAACGAGACAAGUUCUUAUCAAUCCCAAUGCUGUCAGAGAGGUCUUCUCUUCAAAUAACGUUCACUCAAGAUUGAACACCUCACAGACACAACAUGCAUUGAAUUCGAGAGGCUUUAAUGUGAGGAGGUCUUGUCAUGAACACCAAUCGAUGAUCAAUCAUGACUCCACCACUACCACACCCUCUGGAUUUGGCAGCAGCACCACUAAGACCUUAACUCUUCUCGAGAAUUCUCCUCAUUACACUAAUUCUCAACACCACUCUCCAGUAAUGACUACCACCUUUACCAAAUCCACCUCUUCAACAACAUCUUCCAACCAACAACCAUCUCAUGUGAGUUCUCCAGAUGAACAUUACAGUUCAGUUGCAGCAGCACCUUCUCAACGAGACCUAAACAACAACAACAAGCAAUCCACACCUUCCAGCCUUUGUAGCAACAUUUGUUCGCUCUUUCAAAAACUCUUUGAGCUUAAUGAACACGAACAAGAAGAAUUUGUAGCCUCUUUGAGUCAGCCAUCCAAAGGUUUGUUGGUGUUCACUUCUUCACAACAACAACAGAGGAGUUCAAUCACCACUUCUUCAAUUCACCAAUCACAAACCUCAUCACUCAUUGCCUCAACAAGAUUGAAUCAGACCAAAUGGCCUCAUCAGGAACAACAUCCUUCUUCGGAUUAUGAAUUCUUAAAAGACCACCACAACAGACUCUUUCCUCAUCACGACCAUCCUCAAACACAAUCAACAACACCAAGAACACCACCAACAACAACAACACGACCAUCACUACCCUCUGCACCUGUUUCUGUAGUCGGCCGUCCAUUUUCUCUUGUCAGCGGUUCAGAAGAGAUGAUUCAUCCAUCCAACUACCGUAAUAGAAUCUCUCCUGUUGCAUCUUCCAUCGAUGAUAAUGAUGAUGGUUAUCAUACGACAAAAUUUUUCACCUUAAAGGAUAAAAAUCUUCUAAACAUGCAUCAUCACCAUCAUGAGGAGGAACAUACGAAUUAUACAACCAUCGUUCAACAAGACACUAUCCGUAGCCAAAUCGAUUCAUCCCCUCGUAUGAGUAUAGAUACUCUAUCCCAAACACCCAAUCCUCCAAAAAGAACGUCCAUCUUAUCUAUUCAAGAGUUGUUAAAUUAA